CAGACAAUCAGCCUCAGAGAGAUCCUUCCAGGACAUGCUAUCAUUAGCCCUGAGGUUCACUACUGCACAUGUCCAUGAUUCAGGACUGGAACUCUUCUCAUCGACUUUAAAGAUCCUGGUUGAGAGAAAAGGCCAAUCUGAGUGCUGGGUGCAUCUACUGAAUUGGAAAUGAUCCAAUGGCUCUUUAGUUAGGGUGUUAUGUCCUGAAAAUAGGUGACAACUGCAAACCAUCCUCUGGUGUCCAGAGACUUUAACAAGGUUUGUUUCACACAGACUGAGGGCAGAAAAAAGGAAAUGGCCUAAAAAGGUGGGUUUGCUGUGUUGCCCUCACACUACUUGAUUCAUGGAUCUGAUUCUAAAAAUCUCACUUGAUACUUGAUUUCAUAUGAAAGACAUGUAAAAUGCCUGGGUAGAGGCGGCGGCGGCGGCGGCGGCGGCGGGCUCGGAGGCAGCGGUUGGGCUCGCCGCGAGUGGACGGGGUCGAGUCAGUGCCGUUUGCGCCAGUUGGAAUCGAAGUCUCUUAAAAUGGCAGAUGAUUUGGACUUCGAGACAGGAGAUGCAGGGGCCUCAGCCACCUUCCCAAUGCAGUGCUCAGCAUUACCUAAGAAUGGCUUUGUGCUGCUCAAAGGCCGGCCAUGUAAGAUCGUGGAGAUGUCUACUUCGAAGACUGGCAAGCACGGCCACGCCAAGGUCCAUCUGGUUGGUAUUGACAUCUUUACUGGGAAGAAAUAUGAAGAUAUCUGCCCGUCAACUCAUAAUAUGGAUGUCCCCAACAUCAGAAGGAAUGACUUCCAGCUGAUUGGCAUCCAGGAUGGGUACCUAUCACUGCUCCAGGACAGCGGGGAGGUACCAGAGGACCUUCGUCUCCCUGAGGGAGACCUUGGCAAGGAGAUUGAGCAGAAGUACGACUGUGGAGAAGAGAUCCUGAUCACGGUGCUGUCUGCCAUGACAGAGGAGGCAGCUGUUGCAAUCAAGGCCAUGGCAAAAUAACUGGCUCCCAGGGUGGCAGUGGUGGCAGCAGUGAUCCUCCGAACCUGCAGAGGCCCCCUCCCCCAGCCUGGCCUGGCUCUGGCCUGGUCCUAGGCUGGACUCCUCCUACACAAUUUAUUUGACGUUUUAUUUUGGUUUUCCCCACCCCCUCAAUCUGCUGGGGAGCCCCUGCCCUUCACCUAGCUCCCUUGGCCAGGAGCGAGCGAAGCCGUGGCCUUGGUGAAGCUGCCCUCCUCUUCUCCCCUCACACUACAGCCCUGGUGGGGGAGAAGGGGGUGGGUGCUGCUUGUGGUUUAGUCUUUUUUUUUUUUUUUCUUAAUUCAAUCUGGUAUCAGAAAGCGGUGGAUUCUGGCAAAUGGUCCUUGUGCCCUCACCACUCAUCCUUGGUCUGGUCCCCUGUUGCCCAUAGCCCUUUACCCUGAGCACCACCCAACAGACUGGGGACCAGCCCCCUCGCCUGCCUGUGUCUCUCCCCAAACCCCUUUAGAUGGGGAGGGAAGAGGAGGAGAGGGGAGGGGACCUGCCCCCUCCUCAGGCAUCUGGGAGGGCCCUGCCCCCAUGGGCUUUACCCUUCCCUGCGGGCUCUCUCCCCGACACAUUUGUUAAAAUCAAACCUGAAUAAAACUACAAGUUUAAUAUGAAAAAAAAAAAGAAAGAAAGAAA